AUGACCGAAUCAGCACUCAAGAUCCUCAUCAUUGGGCCUUCAAACGUCGGCAAAACGGCGCUCCUCAAGCGAUAUUGCGACAACGACUUCGAUCCCAACGAUGCAUCGGCCACCAUCGGCAUCGACAUGCAUGUAAAGCGGCUCUCCGUCCGUGGCAAGAAUUGCCGUGUCAUGCUCCUCGACACGGCGGGCCAGGAACGCUUUCGCACCCUGUCGACAAGCUACUACCGCGGCGCCCACGGCAUCGUCUUUGUCUACGACAUCACCAACCGCACAACGUUUGAGCAGAUGGACAGCUGGUUCGCCGAGGCCGAAGCCAACACGGCCAUGGCUGGUGCCGGGUCUUCAAUAAAGUGCCAGUUCUGCCUGGUGGGCGCCAAGGUGGACCGCGCAGGCACAAGUCGCGCCGUGUCGAUGGAAGAGGGCGCGGCGCUGGCAGCCAAAUACAAUGACAACGACGGCGCAGCACCUCUCUUCUUUGAGACUAGUGCACGGACGGGCGAGAACGUACGGGAACCGUUUGUCGCCCUGGUUGACCGGAUCGUGGCCUCUGGUGCUUCGUGA